AUGAAUUCGAGUAAAAGCCACGGUACAUUUAAAGAAAUGACCUACAGAGCUUAUCAAUCUACUUCUGCUGAAGUCAGGGACGGGUAUACCGUACAACAACACCAACAAUAUAGAAAAUACCUAGAGCAACUCAAAAUGGAAUUUGAAGAGAGAUGGUGUAAAAAGUUAAAAUCUAAUACAAAUUUCUCCGACCUGGAACGAAUUCGAACCUUAGGAACUGGGGCUUUCGGAAGAGUGGUUCUUCUAAAACAUUCGAAUACUAAUAAAUAUUACGCAAUGAAAAUACUGGAGAAAGGAAAAAUUAUAAAGAUGAAACAAGUUGAUCACACACUGUACGAAAAGCGGAUAUUGGAAGCUAUGCGAUUUCCUUUCACCGUGUCUAUGGAAUUUAGUUUUAAAGAUAACAGUUAUAUUUAUUUUAUAAUGCCAUUCGUACCUGGGGGUGAAAUGUUUAGUCACCUACGCAAAAUGGGCAAGUUUGAAGAGCCAAUUGCGAAGUUCUAUGCUAGUCAAGUAAUAUUAGCGUUAGAAUAUCUUCAUUUCUGCGAUCUCGUUUACCGAGAUUUAAAACCUGAAAAUAUACUAAUCGAUAAGAAUGGAUAUCUCAAAAUUACUGACUUUGGAUUUUGUAAAAAACUACAUGGUAGGACAUGGACUUUAUGUGGAACGCCAGAAUAUUUGGCACCUGAAUUAAUUUUAAGUAAAGGUUACGGUUUCUCUGUAGACUGGUGGUCCUUCGGAGUUUUACUAUAUGAAAUGAAUGCAGGCUAUCCUCCAUUUUACGCCAACGAUCCAAUGAAAACGUAUGAGAAGAUUGUUUCGGGGAAAUAUCGCUGUCCGUCGAAUUUCAAUAGUGAUCUGAGAGAUCUUGUGAGGAACACUCUUCAAGUUGACAUUAGCAAACGUUUCGGAGUGAUGAAAAAUGGUGUACUGGAUUUCAAAAACCACAAAUGGUUUAAAGGUAUAGAGUGGGAGGCUAUACUGAAUUGUCGAUGGACGCCUCCGUAUAUUCCCAAAUGCAAGCAUCCUGGAGACACUACAAAUUUCGAGCGUUAUGACGAGGAACCGAUACUAUCAUCGUCACACUGCCGAUUUGAAUCAGAAUUCAUUGACUUUUAAAUUACCGACUAAUUGU